AUGUCCACCCACGAGCCCCGGCCGCCCUACUCGGACGCGGAGCUCGCCGUCCUCUACCCCCCGCAUCUCCGGCUGCAGCUCGUCCAGAUCCUCCUCCGCCACGGCGAGCGCAGCCCCGUGAGCCCGCGCUUCGUCAACGCCGGCGUCCCGCCCUUUUGGCCCUACUGCUCCGCCGUCCGCCACCUGCGCUCCGCCGUCCUCGACCCGGGCGACCCGCGCUCCUCCUUCUCCACGCUCGAGUGGAAGCGCCGCCUCGAGACGUUUGGAGCCGCCGAUGACUCCCCCGUCGUCGCCGCGGGCCCGGCCGGCGAGCUCGACGCCAUCUGCGACAUGGGCAUGCUGACGGACCGCGGCCGCGAGACGACGCUACGCCUCGGCCAGAGGCUGCGCAGGCUCUACGUUCAGCAGCUCGGCUUCCUUCCCGCCGGCAUCAAGGACACGGACUUCAUCUACCUGCGCGCCACCCCGAUACCCCGUGCCCUCGAGUCCAUGCAGCAGACGCUCCUCGGCCUCUAUCCCUCGCACACCCGCGACCCCGAUCUCCCGCCCCCGACCAUUCUUUCCCGCGCCCCCGCCGACGAGACCCUGUUUCCAAAUGACGGCAACUGCCGACGCUUCGCCGCCCUGGCGCGUGCCUUUGCCCAGCGCGCCGCCGACCGGUGGAACGACUCGGGCGAAAUGGCAUACCUGACCAAGAAGCUCGGCAAGUGGAUGCCCGACGACAGCCCCAAGGUCGCCGUCGAUUCUCGUCCGCGCCUCAGCGGCAUCAUGGACACCAUCAACGCCACCAGCGCCCACGGCCCGCAGACCAAGCUGCCGAGCGAAUUCUACGACCCAAAAGUCAAGCAGAUUAUCGAGAAGAUUGGCGUCGAGGAGUGGUACGCGGGCUACAAGGAGAGCCAAGAGUACCGCACCCUGGGCAUCGGCGCUCUGCUCGGCGAUGUCGUCUCCCGCAUGGUCGGCAGCGCCGAGCAGAGCCCGGCCGACGGAGCGCAAGAGGUGACGCGCAAGGCCGGCGCGGGCGCCGUCCCCAUCCGCCUCGGCCUCAGCGGCUGCCACGACACCACCUUGGCCGCCACCCUGGCCAGUCUCGGCGCUUUUGAGACAGACAACUGGCCCCCCUUUACCAGUCACGUCGCCAUCGAGCUCUUCCGCCGUGCCGACGAGCCGAACCCCUCCAGCGCACGCUCCUGGUGGCCGUCUCUGCUCGGCGGCGCCGCGUCUCCCCCUGCCAUCGGCCGCAAGCCCACCACGAACCUGAGCGAUGCCCAGAGGCAGGCUAUCCAAGGCUACUACGUCCGCAUCCGGUACAACGACGUGCCCGUCACCGUCCCCGGCUGCAGGGCCCCGGGGAAGCACCUCGACGGCGACGAGUCCUUUUGCACCCUGGAGGCUUUCAAGGCCAUUGUAGACAAAUUCACGCCCCAAAACUGGAAGCAACAGUGCCGCACCGGCGUCAAAUUGCCCGCCUUCCCUCCUCGACCGGAGCCUGCAGGGUACUAG